AUGCUAAUUGGUUUAUGUGGAGGGAUCUGUUCGGGGAAGCAUGCUGUGGCAGAUUAUUUAAUUCAACACCAAAAUUUCCGGCGCCUUGAAGUGAAGAACAGCGCCCUCCCUGAGGCUAUUGACGACCCUAGGCUGCAAGCCCCCGACUCAAGUAACAAUGCAAACGGCGAGGCCUCAUCUAUAGAAUUUGAGACCUUUGGUUCGUUGCUCGAUUUCGCAACCAAGAGAUGGCAAGAACCCUGGGUUACCACACAUAUUGGGAACGCCUCAACGAUAGAUCGUUUCCUGCAACGCCCGUUCUUUCUUCUUGUCAGUGUUGAUGCUCCGAUCAGUCUGCGGUGGAAGCGCUUCGCGAACAGGUGUCGGAGUAGACGGCUUGACCCUCCUAAUCUUGAAGAGUUCGUUCUUUGGAAUGAUAAGCAGCUCUAUGAGAAGGAUGUUGGCCGUGCUUUUAUAACUGACCGAGCACAAGUCCGCCUCUUUAAUUCAUCUUCCUCUUUGGAAGAACUGUAUGCCGCUCUUAAGACGCUAAACUUGGCUGACGAACAACGUCUGCGACCCAAUUGGGACCAGUAUUUCAUGGAACUAGCAUCUCUCGCCGCACAGAGAAGCAACUGCAUGAAGAGACGAGUAGGCUGUGUCCUUGUUCGAGAACGCCGCGUAAUUAGUACCGGCUACAACGGAACUCCAAGGCACCUCACAAAUUGCAACGAAGGCGGAUGCCCAAGGUGUAAUCGUGGCGAAGGCGGAGGGGUUGGCUUGUCCACAUGCCUCUGUCUCCACGCUGAAGAAAAUGCUUUAUUAGAGGCUGGAAGAGAACGCAUAAGAGAGAACGCAAUAUUAUAUUGCGACACGUGUCCCUGCUUGACCUGUACUGUGAAAAUUGCACAGGUCGGGAUUUCAGAAGUGGUAUACUCACAGGGUUACAAUAUGGACAGCGAUCAAUCCUUAGAGCAGCUGGAAUACGCCUUCGCCAAUUUUCUCCGCCUCGAAAUGGUUUAA